AUCAGAAUAGAGACAGUUAAAUAAUUUCACCUUUCAAAAAUGCAUCAACAGAUUAUGUUCAUGAAUGGAAAUGGGACGGUUGACGUGCCCUCGGUUUCCGUUACGGGAGAGACGGUCAUCGCGAUCUCAAGUCUGAUGCGCAAACAUGAAGUUAAAAUUUCCUUCCUUCCUGGUCCGGAUCUUAUGAGCUUGCAAAAGGGCUUUGUUUUGAUGAUGGUGAAUACCUUGAUUAUCUUGCUGGUUUUCGGAGGUUCUAUGGGCAUGUUCUCCUUCUUCAUGUGGUAUAAACGCACUGCUCUUGAGCGACGAUUGCUGCGCGAAGCUGAGGAGGUCAAGCGAUUAGCACGGGUGAAAGUAGAGGCCAUAGUCAACUCCCUCGACGUGGGUGUGUAUACCAAACCAGUCGCAGACGAUUUAGAGUCUGGUGUUAAUUGUAUUGACAUUGACAGUGGUGAGGCCGGGGCUGCCGAUUCGACAAAUACAAACAGUCGUACUGCGUUUGACAAUGAGGUGGACUGCUGUGCAAUCUGUCUGGAGGAGAUGGAGGUCGGGGACCAGAUACGCGUGCUGCCACUGUGUGUGCAUGGUGCCAACUUCCAUCUCAUGUGCCUAGACCAGUGGCUCAUGGAUGUGCAGAGCUGCCCCAUGUGCAAGGCACGAUUAGCCGAAGACGAGAGCGAAUGCGAAAGUGAAUGCGACGAGGCAGAGAACGGAAAUGUCAACGCAAGUGAUGGUCCCGAGAGCGAGGGACAUAGCAGUGAGGAUGAUGAGGAUAACAAUUCGAGUACAUUGCUCACAGGUUCCUCCAAUAGGACUUCGGGUUCAGUACGGGAUACUGAGGUGGGUCAUGUUAUGUCGUCACAUUUCCUAAAUGGUAAUGAUGCCGAGGAUGGAGGCGAGGAUGACGACGUUGAUGAUAGCGGCGAUGGCUAUGUUCGAAAGUCACACCUACUGCCCGCGAGCGAUGAUACGGAUAUUGAUGUUUCAGAUGUCGCUAGAGGGGAAAUCAAUAGUAAGGGUAUAACCGCGGAGCAUAGACCAGCUAGUUCGACUGAACAUACAGAAGUAGGCAUGGAGUUGAGGUCGAUAUUUAGGAAUGACAACGCGAGCAAGAUGCACGAAGGCAAUAUCAGAAUAAGCAAAUCAAAUAUAAGUGAGAACAUAAGUGGUCGUGAAAGUUUACGCGUGGACGACGAUCAGGAGAGAGGGGACGAAUGUGACACGGAUGAGCAGACCAGAUUAGUUUAAUGGCUAUGUAAGUCGUUUGCUAUGUUUUAUAUACGAUUACUAGACUGCAGCUAUCUCGAAUUCCCACCAAUGUUGAACUCUGGCGUGGGAUGACGGAGCCGCAUUUGCUAGUCAUACCCAGGAGUGCGAAAUACUAUAACAGAGACAGGAUCUCUUGGGUCUCUUUUAUAUCGCACUGUCUGCCAGAAAAUUACAGCAUGAGCAUGAAGCACGGUAGAGGAUGGAGGAUACCACUGAAAAUGCGAGAGUUUUAAAUAUGUUUGCUAUCGAUACAUCACUGCCAAUGUGGAUAUAGUACUACCUACAUCUGGUUGGACUCCCAACUUAAGACCAGUUUAACUAUGCGGUCGAUACCUCGAUGUGCUGCGAGAUUGGCUGUAGUGCGACAUACCCGGCCGCACUUUGGUAUACCCCUAUUGGUUCUUAGUAUUGAGGUUGGGUUGUUCAUUGGACAUUCUGGUUUUUACACUGGCUAAGUCGCUGUCAUGUAUUUAUGGAAACCUUUAAACAGAGGAAGUCGCUAUUUGAGAAGUGCUCUGAGCAAUGUUGGACGCAGCACAAUUAACGUAUACUAGGUAAAUAAUUAUCAGUCAUACUUGUAAAAAAGAAUAUUUUACGACACGAAUAAAUCGA